AUGUCAGACAAGACUCCAAACCAAGAGACAUUCACCGCUGGAGCAGGCGAGAAAAAUGCGACCUCGUCGACCGACGCCUUCGCCGCUGAGGAAAGCCAGUCGAUACCAAUUAUAGAGCAGCCAUUCUCGUUGUUUUCACUUCUCGGCAUUGCCUACAGCAUCACCAACACCGCUAUUUCGCUCAUCAUCGGCCUAGCCAGCGGCGCCUAUUCGGGCGGCGCUCCUCUCUACGUAUGGGGAACACUGUUGAUGGGCUUUGUGGGAUUUUGUGUUGCCAUAAGUCUCGGAGAACUCGCAUCCGCCAUGCCACACUCUGGUGGCCAGUACUUCUGGGUCGCCCAGCUUGCGCCGCCCAGGAUUCGACGUCCUCUGUCGUAUUUGACGGGCAUACUUUCGUGGGGUGGUGCUGUCUUCACGGGAGCCUCAGGCAGCCUCACGAUCCCACUGAUGAUUUUGGGCAUGACCAGCCUCAAGAAUCCAGACUUUGAGUACAAGACGUGGAUGGGUUUCGUCGGCUACCAAAUCACCACGUGGGGGAUAUUCUGCCUCAACUUGUUUGAACGCCUGCUGCCGUACCUCGGGAAGGUCUGCCUCGUUCUUCCGGUCACGACGUUCAUCAUCAUGUUCAUCUCCAUCCUCGCCGUAUCCAGGAAGCAGUCCGCGGCGUUUGUGUUUACGGAAAUCAGGAACGAAUCCGGCUGGAACGACGGGAUCGCUUGGAUGAUCGGCAUCAGUGCCAUUCACUGGUGCUUUUCCUGUCUGGACUCGUGCACGCACAUGGCCGACGAGAUCCCCAAUCCAGCGAAGAACAUUCCAAAGGUGCUCCUUUGGACCGUCGGCCUUGGCCUGUUGACGGGCUUCCCGUUCGCAAUCGCCAUCUGGUACGCGGUCAACGACGUGGACGGUCUGGUAGCCACAUUUGUUCCCCCGAGUCUCCAGGUCUUCUACCAGGCCCUGAACGGCAACACCAACGGUGCUCUUGGCAUUGAGUCUUUACUGGUCUGUUGCAACGUUGUGGGUGUUGCUGGCAUCCAUACCUGGCAAUCCCGCCUGGCCUGGGCCUUCAGCCGUGACCACGGUUUCCCCUUUUCACGCCAUCUCGGAAGUGUCGCGAAACCUCCGUUCAGAACUCCGCUGUGGGCCCAUCUAUGGUCUUGCAUCUGGACGUCGAUCCUCGGCUGCCUUUACAUGGGAUCUCCUCUGGCGUUUAAUUCGUUCGUCAGCGGUGGAAUCGUCCUACAAAAUAUCACCUACUCCACCUCAGUCAUCUUACUCCUGUAUCACGGUCGGUCGAAAUUCGCACACGGAUCUUUCUGGUUCCCACGCCUCGGGCUCUUUUCCAACGUUGUCGUGGUAGCAUGGUCGACCGUUUCAACGGUGUUUUACUGCUUCCCUUAUUAUCUGCCGGUCACGGCCUCGGGAAUGAACUACCUGUCGCCUGUCUUGGUUGUGAUGUUCUUGUACGCCGGGGCCUAUUGGGUUUUGUACGGAAAGAGGUACUAUCGGCUGCCACCUAUGAUGGCACACUCUUUGAACAACUCGUGA